GUCCAUUGCUGACGCUGCCGUAAUUUGCGCCUGUAUGUGAUAGAUUACGGCUACAGCGUGUGUGAUGCGGGGAAGUUGCUGCUGCAUGCUUUUUGUAUCUCCCCGACUCCCGCAGCAGCAUGUCUGCCAGUAAAAGGAAGAGCAGGGGGAAAGCCGGCGCCCUGAACGCCUCACCCAGCCUGGACACCACCGCUGUCAGUGGCCAGCCCUCGCUGUAUACAGUCACAGACUUCCUAGAGAAAGUGGAAGACAAGGUACCAAAGGCUUACAGAGGCUCUUUCCUACAGAUAGGACUGAACAGUAUGAAAUCAGCUGAUCUGUGUAUUGGACGUCCUGCUCUACUUACCAGCGCAGAUGGAAGACAAGAGGUAUGCACUGCGUGGCCUGUCAGUAGUUUUCCUUCUGGGAAGGUCGGUUUAAGUUUGACAGCUCAGAAAAAUCUUAAGGUGAAGCCUGGUGAGUUAGUUCAUGUUCAGCCUCUGACGGGAUCUGUGUUACAAGCAGAAGAACUUCAUGUCACACUCGGGGAGAAGGAUGCUGACACUGUCAAUAUUAAAGAACUGUCAUCUUUUCUGCUGAGGCUUAUAGAUGGGAAGAUAGUUUUACCUGGGAACUUUUUAAGCAUAACUUUCUAUGGGCGACCCUGCAACCUGCAAGUGACCAGCAUAAAAGGACCUGAUGGCGUAGUACAGGAACCAUUGCUUAGUAACACACAUGAGACACCAAUGGAAAAGUCCAGCAGGGACGCCAGUUGCAUGAACUUAUCUUUACAGCUCAGCCUACUUGAUAUUGAGGACCAACAGGACGUAGCCGUCACAAGCACUCCCUGCAAACCUGAUGGCAGUAGAGCUUCCCUUCCUUCUUCUGACAUAGAGGCCCUUGUAGAGGAGCAGAGCACAGGAGAAACAGGCCAAGAGACUUCUCGGAGUCCUGUCUGUGCCUUAGCCAGUACCGGAGAUGACAGUGGUGGAGUAUUUACACACAGGACAACUGGAGUCAGAAGUAACACAGAUACAUUUUAUUACAUUUCUCCUCAAACUCAUAUCAGAUACAGGAGUUUAAAGUUGUCUUCCCAGACAGAAGAGAUCAAAAACAAAGUUACUUAUGACAUGAUUGGUGGCUUAAACGUUCAAUUGAAGGAGAUCAGGGAAACCAUAGAGUUGCCUUUGAAGCAGCCUGAACUGUUUAAAUCUUAUGGAAUUCCUCCUCCACGCGGAGUUCUACUUUACGGGCCCCCAGGGACAGGCAAGACACUGAUAGCACGAGCAAUCGCUAAUGAAGUUGGGGCUAAUGUUUCAGUUAUCAAUGGUCCGGAAAUAAUGAGCAAAUAUUAUGGAGAGUCAGAGGCUAGACUGCGGCAGAUAUUUGCUGAAGCAUCACAACGACAACCGUCAAUUAUAUUUAUUGAUGAGCUGGAUGCACUGUGUCCUAAAAGAGAAGGGGCGCAGAAUGAAGUGGAGAAAAGGGUUGUAGCCUCGUUACUCACUCUGAUGGAUGGGAUUGGCUCGGAAGAAAGCCAGGGCCAGCUAUUGGUGCUGGGUGCAACCAAUCGGCCUCAUUCACUGGACAGCGCAUUACGUCGUCCUGGGCGAUUUGACAAGGAAAUAGAAAUUGGUAUCCCAAAUGCUCAGGGACGUCUGGACAUUCUCCGGCGGAUACUUGUGAAGGUCCCACAUCAGCUGACAGGAAAGGAACUGUUGCAGCUAGCAGACAGUGCCCAUGGUUAUGUGGGGGCAGAUUUAGCAGCACUGUGCAAGGAGGCAGGCUUGAACGCUCUGCGGAGAAAGCUGGGAGAGCUAAACAACCCAUCAGACAAGGAAGUGGCUGGCUCUGUGGUAAUCACUCUGAACGAUUUCCUACAGGCGAUGAAUGAUGUAAGGCCCAGUGCCAUGCGGGAGGUUGCUGUGGAUGUGCCCAAUGUAUCAUGGGCUGACAUUGGAGGAAUGGAAAAUGUUAAGUUAAAGUUAAAACAGGCAGUAGAAUGGCCGCUGAAGCAUCCAGAGUCCUUUACACGCAUGGGCAUACAGCCCCCAAAAGGUGUAUUGCUCUAUGGACCCCCGGGCUGCUCCAAAACUAUGAUUGCAAAGGCAUUAGCAAAUGAAAGUGGCCUGAAUUUCUUGGCAGUAAAGGGCCCAGAGCUGAUGAACAAAUAUGUUGGUGAAUCAGAAAGAGCUGUUCGAGAGAUAUUCAGAAAAGCAAGAACCGUUUCACCAGCAAUUCUUUUCUUUGAUGAAAUUGAUGCUUUGGCAGUCGAGAGAGGAAGUUCUGGAGCUGGGAAUGUAGCUGAUCGCGUUCUAGCUCAGCUAUUGACAGAAAUGGAUGGAAUAGAACAGCUAAAAGACGUGGUGAUUUUGGCAGCUACAAAUCGGCCUGAUUUGAUAGACAAGGCUUUGAUGCGUCCAGGGCGCAUCGACAGAAUUAUUUUUGUGCCUCUGCCAGAUGCUGCUACUCGCAGGGAAAUCUUUAGAAUCCGGUUCCAGUGUAUGCCUAUUGACAACGAGGUCAGCCUAGAUCGUCUAGUGUUGCAGACAGAAAGAUAUUCAGGUGCAGAGCUCCCGCUCUGCUCCUCGCUCAGCAUGCAUCCAGCACCUCCAGUCACUCCUCCGACUAAUCCUUCUUCCCACAAGGCUCCUCUGCUCCCAAACUGCCUUGUCCAAUCAGCAACCAGUAUCCAGACCAUGGGAUCGGACCAGAGUCUACACUUAACUCCUGCUGUGCCAGCGCGUCCCCUUUCUGCUGCGGACCUAUCACUGCAGUGUGUCGAGAGGCUGCACUGCUGGCUUUGCAGGAGGACAUUAAUGCCAAGUGCAUACUGGGAAAACAUUUUGAUCAAGCUUUGGCCAUCGUGACCCCAAGAAUUCCAGACUCACUCAUCCAGUUUUAUGAGACUUACCAGCAGAAAAGUAGAGUGCAUAAUUUAUAAGUUGUAUUUUUAUUGGCGGAAAGCAUGUCAUGAUUAAAUACAUUUAUAAAAAGGA